GGGAGACCCCACGUAGGACCGUACGCAUCUCCCAUCCACUUCCGCUUCAAAGGCGAGGAGAUUGACCGGGAGUCGUGGCGUCUCUUUGGUGGUGUUUCUGUGUCCAGGACUUGUCCAGAACCAAGGCAUCAAUUCAGGAGAAAGAGGAGCUUCUCUGCCAGGAGCCCAAUUGAGGAACCUGAGUGCACCAAUCUCCUGUCCUUUGACCCAGACUCCUGCCUGUAGUUCCUGUCCACGGCGAUCAUGCCCCGUAGGCAGAAGAGUAAGGUCUGUGGUCAUGAGAAACAUCACCAGGCCCGGGCUGAGACCCAGGUCCUUCAUGAUCAAGCCACCACCUCUAGGGGAGAAGAGACCACCUCCUCCUCCCCUCCUGAUUUAGAGAGUGCUCCCUCAAGCUCCUCAGCUGCUGGCACCCCAAAGGAGCCUCAGGGAGCCCAAGGCACCACCAGUGCUGCUGCAGGUGCUAUACCCAAAAGAUUUGGUGUCGUUGCUGCAACACGCUCAAGAGCUGAUGUCUGUGAUGCAGCACGCUCAAGAGCUGAUGUCAGUGCUGCAGCACGCUCAAGAGCUGAUGUCUGUGGUGCAGCACGCUCAAGAGCUGAUGUCGGUGCUGCAGCACGCUCAAGAGUUGAUGUCUGUGGUGCAGCACGCUCAAGAGCUGAUGUCGGUGCUGCAGCACGCUCAAGAGCUGAUGUCUGUGGUGCAGCACAUGCAAGAGCUAGUGACGGUGCCGCAGCACGCUCAAGAGCUGGUGUCGGUGCCGAGGGCCAUGGUCAGGGAGGUGGAAAUUCCUCCCAGGCCUCAGCUGCUGCUGAGAGCUCUCACACAGAUCCUCUGACCAUGAAGGUGCAGGUGUUGGUGCAGAAGAUGCUGUAUAAGUAUAAGGAGAGGGAGCUCAUUAAGAGGUCAGAAAUGCUGAAGGCAAUCAAUAAAAGGUACAGGGGGCAAUUCCCUGAGAUCCUCAGGAGAGCCUCUAAGCACAUAGAGAUCAUGUUUGGCCUGGUCCUGAAGGAAGUCAGGCCCGACGGUCACUCCUAUAUCCUGGUGAGCAACCUAGAUCUCAGUGACAGUGAGUCUAUGAGAAGUGACCGGGGGCUGCCGAAGAAUGGUCUUCUGAUGCCUCUUCUGGGUGUCAUCUACAUGAAUGGCCACCGCCUCUCUGAGGAGAAGAUCUGGAAGAUCCUGAAUUUUCUGGGCAUCUAUGAUGGAAGAAGGCACUUCAUCUUUGGAGAUACCAGGAAGUUCCUCACAGAAGAUCUGGUGCGGGAAGAGUACGUGGAGUACCGCCAGGUGCCAGGCAGCGAUCCCCCUCGCUAUGAGUUCCUGUGGGGUCCGAGAGCACUCAUGGAAUCCAACAAGAUGAAAGUCCUGGAGUUUUUGGCCAAGGUCAACGAUACGGUCCCUGCUACCUUCCUGGAGCAUUUUGAGGAGUCUUCCGGAGAGGUAGUAGAGAGCACCAGCGCCAGAGCUGUAGCCAGCGUUGGCACUUCUGCCUCGGGCAGGGCUGGCACGUCUGUCUGGGAUACUGCAGGCAUUUCUUUCUCGGUCUGGGAUGGCCCUUCUGCUGCAGCCCAGGCUGAGCAUCCUGCCUCAGCCAUGCCUGGCAUUUCUGCUGCAGCCAGUGCUGGCCCUUCUGUCUCGGCCAGUGCCCACGCUAGGGCCGCAUCCAGCUGGUCAUCUCGCCCCUAGUGUGGGCUGAAGGCCAUUCUUCACUUUGUGGUCAGAAAAGCCUGUCAUCAGCCUGUGUUCCUGUUGACUUGCCCCACCCCCCACCCCCACCCCCCCCAGUUUUCAGUUCCUUCUUUUUUCAACAGAAAGCGUCUUUAGGUUGAUGAUACAAGUAUUUGAAUAACAUGGGUCACACACACUUUGCUGUUUGUCAAAUUUAUGAGUAGGAAUUUUGGUUUUGGAAAUGCAUAUUGGAAAUCCUCAAAUCCUUUUUGUGAUCCCAGAUGAGAAUAACAUCACUUUAGGAUAAGAAUAGCCUUAGAAAUGUGAAAGACACCACACUAAUAGAAGCUCAGAACAUAGAUACAUAGAGAGAGAGCUGAAAGUUCUUCAAUUUUUGGUUUGCUGUACUCUCUGUUAUAGUCUCCUAUUUUGUAAAUGUAUAAGAUAUAUCCUUGGAUCUGCUUAUGGUUUUCAAGAAUGUUUGAGAAUAUAAAUUAUAGCAAAUGA